AUGUUGGACACACUGGCGAUAUCCCUGGCGGCACUUGUGGUGUUAGCUUUCUCGGUGCUCGUGGCGUCACUGGUACUUCUCCUGGUGCAACUGCUGAUACUGGUGCUGGUGUUGGUGCUACGCCUGUUGGUGCUGCUGCGGCUAUCGAUGGCGCUGCUGCUUCUCAUGGUGUUGCUGUCAGUAGCUCCGCUAUUGAUGGAGCUGGUCGCGAUGGCGCCGCUUUGGGUGAUUCUGCUGCUCGCGAUGCCACUGUCGUUGGCGCUGCACUGGGUGCUGCUGCUGUACUUCGUUGUGAUGCUUUGGGCGUUAAUUCAGUUUGUGGAGCUGGUCGUGGUGGCGCCACAGUUUUCUGGUCGCGUCUCCUUGGUACCGGGCUUGUUGCUGCUGUUGAUGGUGUGGCCGCUGGUAGUGCCGCUCUUGGUUCUGCUGCUCUUGGUACUGUGGCUAUUAGUGGUGCCGUCGCCAGUCCUGAACGUGGUGUUGGUACUGUGA